AUGGAAGCAGCGGCAGCGCAUCGGACGCCGCUGCCGCUGCUGGACGCGCGCAUGCUGCAUGCUAUCCCAACAGCCGAGGCCAUGUUCAGGGCGGUGGCCGAGCGCGAGGGCGUGGCCGACAAAUUCGACAUCGACUCGUGCGGCACAGGCGGCGGCAACCCCGGGUGGUACAAACCUGACGGCUGGAGCUACCAUGAGGGCGAUGAGUCAGACCCGCGGAUGACGGCCGCCGCCAUCAAGCGCGGCGUGCGCCUGACGUCGCGGUCGCGGCCCCUGCGGCCAGAGGACUUCCGGCGCUUCCAGUACGUCGUGGGAAUGGACGCCAACAACAUACGCGCCAUUCUGACGGCCGCGGACUUUUGGGCCGGCAAUGGCAGCCGGGACCAGCUGCCACCCUUGGACGAGGUGCGGGGCCAGGUGUCGUUGAUGACUCAGUACUGCUCCGACAAGUUCAAGGGGGCCUCGGAGAUCCCAGACCCCUACUACGGCGGCCCCCAGGGCUUUGAGACGGUGCUAGACCUGCUGGAUGACGCCUGCAGCGGACUGCUGCGCAGCAUACAGGAGCAGCAGGGGGCAGCGGCGACUGAAAAGGGGGCGUGA